AUGAAGGUCAAGGACGUCCAGCUCCCUGUCAUCACGCUGAACUUCGUCCCUGAAGUGGGCAUCUUCCAGUGUGUGUCCACGGGCAUGACCAUCACGGGAAAGAGUUUCAUGGGAGGGAACAUGGAGAUCAUCAUCGUCCUGAACAUCACAGCCACCGACCGGCUCCUGCAGGAGGAGGAGACGGGCCUCCCCGUGUUCAGGAGCGAGGGCUGUGAGAUCACCCUGGUCAGCGUGAAGACCAACCUGCCCAGCAACAUGCUGCCCAAGAUGGUCAACAAGUUCCUGGACAACACCCUGCACAAGGUCCUCCCCGGCAUGCUGUGUCCAGCCAUUGACGCAGUCCUGGUGUACGUGAACCAGAAGUGGGCCAGACUCAGUGACCCCAUGCCCGUGGGCCAGAUGGGCACUGUCAAGUACGCCCUGAUGUCCACACCGGCCACCACGGCCAGCCAUAUCCGGGUGGACUUCAGCCCCGAGGUGACGCCGCAGAAGGGCAAAACCAUCAAGCUGGCCGAGGACGGGGGGCCCCUCGAGAUCCCGGGGGGCUAUGCCGAGGGGUCAUCGCAGCUGCUGCUCUCGGCCGCCCUCCUCACGGCUGAGCUGGCCCUUCUGCAGAAGUCCUUCAAUGUGGACAUCCAGGACCAGACGAUUGGUGAGCUGCCCCCACAAACCACAGUGACCCUGGCUGGCUUCAUCCCUGAGGUGGCCGAGGCCUAUCCCAAGCCCAAGCCCGUGGUGACCCAGAUCAGGAUAAACAAGCCCCCCAAGGUCACCAUGAAGACCGGCAAGAGCCUGCUGCACUUCCACGGCUCCCUGGAGGUCUUCACUGCCCGGCGGCGGGGCAAGCCCCCCGUGUCCCUGUUCCUCCUGGAGACACACUUCAACCUGAAAAUCCAGUACUCGGUGCAGGGGAACCGGCUGCAGAUGGACACCUCUGUGGACAGAUUGCUGAGCCUGACCCGGGGGUCCUCGUCGAUUGGUAACUUCGACGUAAGUGUCCCAAGAGCCUCUGCCUGGUCUGGUUGGAGGUCCUGGACCACAGGGAAGAAGUCUGGGAACAGAGUUAGAGCCAAGAGAGCAAGGCCAUCGGGAGACUCAGACUCCUGAUCCGCUGUGUGACCUCAGGGCAGUCUCUUAACCUUUCUGAGUUCCCGUUUUCUAGCUAGAAACUGGAUAUCUCCCUGGACUGACUUUCAAAACAUGGCCCAGUGCCACUCUGGGCUGGCUUUCCUCAGCCACGCUGUGGUUUUUAUUAGUUUCUGUGGCCCCAGGGCCUGGCACAGUCCCUGACUCUGGCAGGAGCUGAUAAGAACCACAGAGGCCCAUCCCCCACCCAGUGAGCUCGGCUCCACAGCCCGUGGGAGGCACAGGGAGGUGGCGCCAAUGGCGGAUCAAAGCUGCUGUGUUCUGUAGGAGCAGAAGUAGGGUCCACAGUUCUGCCUCCCGAAUUUCCCACUCCUGCUCCGUGACCCAGGCCCACACCUCACCAACAGGCACCAAGCAGAGAGGGGCAGAGGCCUACGGUCACCCAGGGCAGGACCCAGAGUUUUUUUGGUACCCAGGGGCACUUGCCCACUG